CUAGAAGCUUUGUUUCCAUCAAGCAAUUCAUUCAGUCACCCCUGCGAAGGAAGCCAAAAAAGCUACUGAAGUUUAGUGAAAACAGGCAGGGGCUUACUCUGAAUUACAUCUUCUGUAUUCGUCCGUUCACUUGGCUUGUUUUCCGCCUAAUUGUGGCUUGAUAUUCUGACACCGGUCUGUGUCGAAGUCUGUUUCCCGUGGGGGUGCCCUCCAUGGUUGGGGGUAGGGGUAAUAUUAGGUCAUUAGGCGUGGCAGAGAUAACUGGUUGGGGUUUGGGUAAGUUUGGGGUGAGGUUAAGAAUCUCAGAAGACGAGUGGUUGUGGUUAGGGAUAAAGUAAAGUUCAGGUUAAUAUAAGGGGACCCACAUAUCUACGGGAAAACAGACUUCGACGCAUCACCGGUCGCAUGGUAGCAUUUUACGAUCAACCGCAUUGUCAGAUAGCGAGCAGAGUCGCACUGAGUGAACAGCUGAAUAGUCUUUAGCUUGUCGCCAAACUGAGAAAACUGAAUUAUUCUGCCAUAUUCUGCCUCUUCAGGGAAGUCUGCGCGACCAACUAAAGCGGUAUGCAGUGAAUAACCUGUGUACGUCAAAGUGUGUCGUUCUGGUUCUCAGACUUUUGACUCGUCUGUCCUUUGCUCGAGACAUCCUGACCAGUUUUGUCCGCUCCAGUCAAACAAUUCACACAAGACAAAUGUAAUUUGGUUUUGUCCCAUUCCUGUUUUGGCAAGUCCAAGUUUUGUCCAUGGCUGGUCAUGUUUUAAAUCGGUAACCACUCAGCGCCAAGCUGGACCCGAAGACGUCACCUCCCCAUACCUGUUCCUGUUCCUCUGCCCCGCCCCCUAAACAGUCUUUCCAACACAAAGCGCGGCUCCACGACUCGGGGUUCCGGUUGGCCAGCGAAGAGGAGGAGGAAGAGGAGGAGUAUGUCAGUGAAGCAAGUCUGCCGGCUGCCCUCCAGGAGUCCACGGCCAGCUACCGAGAUGCAGAGACCAUUACUGAUGUGUGUAACAGUACGGAUUUGCCGGAGCUUGAGAUUAUCAGUUUAUUGGAGGAACAGCUGCCAGUCUACAAGCUGAGGGCCGACACCAUCUUUGGCUACGACCAAGAUGAUUGGCUGCACACGCCACUGGUGGACCCCAACUCUUCCCUCGACCUGACUACUGAACAGAUAGAGGAGACCCUCAAAUACUUCUUACUGUGUGCUGACAGAGUGGGCCAGAUGACGAAAACCUAUAGUGACAUUGAUGCUGUCACUCGACUGCUGGAAGAGAAAGAGCGUGACUUGGAGUUAGCAGCUCGCAUUGGCCAGUCACUGCUGAAGAAAAACAAAGCCCUCAGUGAGAGGAACGAACUGCUGGAGGAGCAAGUAGAGCACAUACGAGAGGAGGUAUCUCAGUUGCGUCACGACUUGUCCAUGAAAGAUGAGCUGUUACAGUUCUAUACCAGUGCUGCCGAGGAAAGUGAGGGGGAGUCUACCACCUCCACACCUGUCCGUCCCAGUGAAAACAAUGUGUCAUCUCCAAUUGUUUUCCCCCUGGACUCGUUGCAGAAGAAACUCAAAGAUCUGGAGGAAGAAAACAAGUCUUUGCGAUCUGAGGCCAGUCAUUUGGAGACAGAAACUAUCUCCUAUGAGGAGAAAGAGCUGCAACUUGUCAAUGACUGCGUCAAAGAACUACGUGAUGCCAACGUGCAGAUUUCCUCUCUGGCUGAAGAGCUGGCUAGGAGGACUGAAGAUGCCUCCAGACAGCAGGAGGAGAUCACACACCUCCUCUCCCAGAUUGUAGAUCUCCAGAAGAAGGCCAAGAUGUAUGCCGUGGAGAACGAGGAGCUGACUCAGCACUUAGGAGCAGCCAAAGACGCCCAGCGACAACUCACUGCGGAAUUGCGAGAGUUACAAGAUAAGUAUGCAGAGUGCAUGGAGAUGCUGCACGAGGCUCAGGAGGAGCUGAAGAACCUGAGAAAUAAAACUCUACCACUCAGCACACCGAGGCGUUUCCAUUCUCUGGGUCUGUUCCCAAUGGACUCUCUGGCAGCAGAAAUAGAGGGCACCAUGAGGAAGGAACUUCAGAUGGAUGAUCCAGAUGUAGAAGAGCAGAGACUACACCCAAAGCGGGUGUUCCAGACAGUGAAAAACCUGAACCUGAUGCGUCAGCAGCGUUCAUCGCUAGCCCCCUCCCCCCUCAACAUCCCAGGCUCCAAUCAGACAUCAUGCCUCACCUCAGGGCUCUCCAGCAGGGUGGGCACGCCACGCUCCAACUCCAUAUAUGGCAGCGAGACGGGAAGUGGGAUCAUCCUGGACAAUCGGACUAGUAGUAUCCUGGAGGGUCCAGAUGAUGGGUCAGAGGACUCUAACAAGCGGACCCCUGGAACCCCAGGGACCCCGGGCAGCAGGGACCUGGAGGCAGCCCUGCGACGUCUGUCUCUCCGCCGAGACAACUACCUCUCAGAAAAACGCUUCUUCGAGGAUGAGAGGGCGAGAAAGCAGGCUUACUUGGCCAAAGAGGAAGAAAAGGGAGGCGAAGGAAGUAGUGGAGGCCUGGCGACACCGACGGAGAGCCUGUUGUCGCUGUGCUCACAUCCCUCCUUAGGAAGCGCCUGGUCGGGGUACUCAUUCACAGCCAGAUCCUACCUGCCGGAUAAGCUGCAAAUUGUAAAGCCACUAGAAGGCUCUGCUACCCUCCAUGCAUGGCAGCAGCUGGCUCAACCCCACAUGGGAGCUCUGCUUGAUCAUCGGCCUGGUGUGGUCACAAAGGGCUUCUGCACUUUAGCACACGAGCAGGAACAGGAAGACGGCUGGCACCUGGACCAACCAGAGGAGGACGAAGUUUCAUGUGACUCAUUCACUGGCUUAUCAGGAGAGAGCUCUGUUCCCAUGGACCGGCCUUGCUCUACCUCUUCUCCCUUUGUCUGCUGCAUCAACAAUGGAGACGUUGAUGACCGAAGCCAAUUGGAUACGUUGCAAGGAGACGUAUGCAGGGCAAGAGAAGCGAUUCAAGUCAAAGAUGGACAUGUUGCAAACAUGCCUCUUUCCUUCUCCUGCCCCUCCCCUUCUUCUUCUUCUCCUCCUCCUCCUCCUCCUCCUCUCCCCUCUUCUUCCGAGAUGAACGGGCACGUGGACCUCAAGGAGCUCCAGGCCUUACAGCCCGCCACAGUGGACCGUUUGUCUGUUAAUUACCCAGGGAAGUGUAUGUCCCAUACUAGCUCUACAUACACCUUCACCACCUGCAGGAUUCUCCACCCCUCUGAUCAGCUGACCUCUGUGUCACCAAGCUCAGCUCUUGCUUCUUGUCAGAGCAGUGCUUGCAUCGGCACCCCUACCACCACCUCCUCUCCUAUACCCUUCUCUGCCCCACAUACACCUUCCUACACCCCCUGCUGCACCCCACGUCGCCUCUCCCUCUCCCUUUCACUAGCUGAGUCCUCCACCAACCUUAGGGACUCCACCAAGACCACCAGCACCUCCCUUGGCCUGGUGCGCCUCCUGCUGGAGCGUGGAAUUUCUGCGUCAGUGUAUGACCCCCGCAGCUGGGACCGAGGGUUCGACGCCAGCGGAGCUUCAACGCCCGUGGGAGGAACGCAAGCGCGAAGGAGCACCGACACACCAGAGGAAACUGAACGCAGACGAGUGGAGAAACGCCCAGACAGCCUCCUCUUCCAGCCCUCCACCCCACCCAACUCCCCUCUUUCUAAAUCUGCCUUUUCUACCACCACCCGUCCAGCUUUUCAGUUCAGCCCUUCCACCGAUGACCCGCCAUUUUAUGACACCUUCCUUGCCUCGAAGCCGGCUCGUACCAUUCUGAGGGAAGUGCUUGGGGAGGCGGAGAGGGAGCGAGGGGGGCAAACAGAUGACGACAGCCAAACAGAGAAGCUGAACCUGCGACUUGUGGACAAACUAAAACGUUUCCGCACCCUCUCCCAUCAUGCUGGUUCGGUUCCAUCUGGGAGUACUCUAUUAGCCCCCUUUGGCUCUACUGGACUGGGGAACAGUGCACUAGGUGGGGGGCUUCCAGGUUUAAAUGCAGGCCUGAGGAGGAAUCGAAGCUAUCCUGCCAUGGUAGGGGCCAGUAUGGCUAUGAAAGACCCAGGAGGCCCCCCCAGCGCAGAGAUAGUUAUACCACAUAUGAUGCAAACCCCACAUACCCAGCACACAGUGCACACACAGGAAAUGGACAAAAUGCAAAGAAAUCACACACUGGCCGUACCACAGACACUACAUGAACUAGAAUCAUCACAGACGAUAAAACCGAGACGCACCAGGCCAAGCGACGGAUUGUGGUAUUUAACAUGCAAUGACCAACACAGUGACGAUGAAACUGGGACAUAAUAGGAGAUAUUCAAAACCAAAUAACCUACGUGACUAUAUAGACAUCCUUCAGCUAUAGAGUAUGCCCAGACCAAACAGCUAGAGUGAUGAGCAGUGCAGUCCACCUACAGACUCAACUAAACAAUCUCUCCUAACCAGUCCAGUCUCUGUAUUUCAACAAUCAUCAGUGAACUGAAUUAAAUGGUGGUGAAUAAGUAGUGUCUGACACUGUUACACUGUGUUAUAUCCAUAUACUGUCAGACCAGACUAAUGAUGGAGUAUGUUGCCUUCCUCUGUGUCCGUUGUAAUUGUAUAUUGUAUAUGCAAUAUACUGUAUCAUAUAAUGUUAAAGGCCCAAUCUGGUGGAAGUACUGCAGAGCCUCUUUUUAGUCUCAUGUCCCUUCUCAACCUGUAUGAGUGCACUUUUAAAAAAAAAAUAAAAAAAAAAAUUUUAAUUUCAAAAGUACAGUACUGGCCUGAAUAUAAUUGUUUUUUCUUCAGAUUAUUUAUUAAGAAAUGGUAGGGUGUAUAUUCCAGGACUACACCGUUAUGCGUUCACUCAGAUGUUACUGUUACUGCACUUUAAAAUAGGGCUGUGUCAUGGGUAGUCUGUAGCUUUAAUGUCGCUAGGCUAGCAAAUUUCUACAGUGGUACUGCAACACAAAUCUCCAGAAAGCAUUACCGACCAUCAUAAACGACACAUUUGUAGUCUUUGUCUUUUGAAUUAAAUAUUUGUAAAAAGUGCACAAGGGGAAUAUCUUGUAAAUCAUGUUAUCCCGGUGUUUAGUCUAUGGUACGAGUAAAACUACAGCUGUAGUAAAGCUGGCUGCUAGUCCUGAAUGGGGCUAGCCUAUUACCAAACCCUUUAAAUGAAUUAAACAAUGUAAGAAAAUUAACCAAAGUGAAAAACAUUGUCAGCUUAUAUUCAGGCCACAAUGGUAUUUUUAAACAAUUGAUUACACUGGAGUUAUAUGGUCACGUACAAUGGCAUUGGCACUAGAGAUUAUUUUCUACCAGCAACUCUUUUUUUCCCCCCCUCUCUGUAUGUACUGUAUGUAAUCUGUAAUUUCAAAAAUACUCCAGAUUGGGCCUUUAAUGUGUGAUCUUGAUGUGACUCACUGUUCUUAUGUGCCUAAAAACAGCUAACACACUGUAUCUCAUUGGAGUAUACAGUAGGUUUGUAUUAUUUGAUUACUUUAUUAUUUGAAUGCAGUAGAGAGAGCGUAAAUGAGAAUAACCUACUGAGGCCCCACACAUGCUCAUUUGUGUCUAUUUUUGGCUCAUUGUUUUUGUCUCCUAAUGAGUUUGGGCUCAUUUAUAAUCCACAGGGACAUGUAGCACAUUAACGGUAAUGCAGAACAGGUCCAGCUAUACAGACACCUGUUAACACUGUGACUACAGAAAACAAGAGACAGACCUGCAGAAAAACACAAAACUUGCUUAGUCAGAUUCACCUUUUGCCUGUGUAAACCUGGAUCACAUACUGUAUACAUACACACAACACAAUUUAUUUUGUCAAAAUCAAACAAGCGUGUGGAUGAAAAAAUAGCAAUAUUAAGCAUUAUAAAACAUUUAUGUUUCUGAAUGUAACUGUAAAAUGAGUGACUUGAAAUAUCCAAAUGUUGGUUCUAAAGAGCAAGAGACUGAACUUGUAUCACAGUUUGUUGCUAAAGGGAAGUUUUUGGUAUCACUGACUCAGUUCCAGUGUCCACCCUCGGGAACGCCCAGACAUCAUCUACACUUUCCAUAAAUCUUACUAAGCUAUAUUUGUGAAGAGAGCAACACUAAGUUUUACUAACCCAGAUUUGACAUCUGACCUAUUAAGAUCGAUCCCUUGUAGCCCCAUGCUGAUCACGUAGGUGUCGGUUAAAGUCUGAAGUUGGAUAUUGGGACUGGGCCACUGACUGUUUGUCUGACCGGAAGUGAAUGAAAGGACAAAAUAGCUGGCUAUGAUGCUGGCAGUGAUCUGUUGAAAUCCUUAAUGAUUAAGGGGUUAAACUAGCAAUGUUAUUGAGUGGCAGAUUAAUAAUCAUUAAAUAUAUUUAUUAAAUCCUUGGAUUAUUAGAAGCACGCAUACCUGAAGGUCCAUUGUAAAUGUUUAGGUGAAGAACUGAUUGUAUUUAUAUUUUUAACGGUUGCACUGACAUUUUAAAUCAUUUUUCAUUGGACGGUUUGUGUUAGCUAGUAAAAUGGGUUCAUAGAACUAUUUCCAUUUAAAACAAUGGGUACAGUUAGUUGUCUACAAGCUUACAACACAUUGAUGCUGUCCAUUGCUUUAUAACAGUUGCACAUUUUGGGGGGGGUGGGGGGCGCGGGAGAUUUACAGUAUUUAAGAAUGAUACCAAGUGCUAAGACUGAAGCAACAAGAAGUUGGUGUGUGUGUGUGCUUGCUGUUCUGUGUGUCAACUGAAUCAUCUGAAUGUAAGUUAUUACAAACAGUAAUCCUGCUGUAGGGCCAUAUACUUGUGUACAGUAUGUUGAUUUAUCUUCAAUUUGUGUUGACCUCAGAAGGGAAACUAUUAUUACAUUGUAAAUGUAUGCAACACAUAUAGUCAUGCUAAUUUUUUUUUUUUUUUUUAAAAGGUAAACCGUAACAGUAGAACACAAAUACAGGGAAUUAAGUUGUUUAUUUUCAGUAUAAACUUUUCUGUUCAGGGACUGAAGUGUUCUAUUCUACAGAACAGACUGUACCAUCAAUAAAAAUGAAUACA